AAGAGAAUUAGCUUAAAUGGACGUGAAUGCAGAGGCCGGACUGUUUUCCAUUACAACGCAGAGGGGAAUGACUGGGAAUCGCGUAGCGGCGGCAUUAUGAAUUCGCGUAUUCGUUGCCCGCGAUUCGUCGAGCGAGCGAGCGAGCGUUCGCUGUAACGUCGCUGCCACUUUCCAACGGACACGGAUGAUUUACACCGGCCGAUCGUUUAAACAGUCGCCAUUUCACGCCCGUCCUUUCCUCGUUUUUCAUCCAUCCUCGUUCGCUCGCCACGGUAGAAGUAACGAUCCGUCCAAUUAUUCUACCGAAAAUCCGAGAUGGAUUUUCGCCACAGUUUCGCCGAUUCGAGGUGACGACAAAACCGUGAUGCUGGAAAAUUGAACACGACAAGGAGAGAUUCGCGCAGUGUCGACGUAGGCCGGACUUGCCGACCACGUCCCGUUAAAGGGUGUGUUCUAACAUUCUUCCAACGAUCAUUGUGCGUGGAAGGUCGCUCUUCGAAUACCUGGGUGUGCACGUGUUACAUAUAUCGUGUAUCAUAUUUAAAUCUACUACGAGUUGUUCGCGAUGGAAAAUUUUCUUUCCAAUUCUUUUGACCGAUCGAAGAGAUCGGAAUCGUUGCGGACGUUCUUCUCGAGUUGAGAAAAGAAUAAUCAAAGUUUCUGUUCCAAGAUUUUCGACGAUAACGACCAACGACGCCUCGUUACGCUGGCAAAAAGAGAGAAGCGUGUUGGUUGCGGCAGGUCACGAGGAACGGGUCUUAAGAUGGCCUACAUUAUCCAGCCUUAUCGGUGAGAGAAAGAAACAGGGAGAAGGAGAAGGACAAGAGGAAGAAGAAGAAGAAGAAGAGAAGACCACGUGGCGGGAGAAACGGUCGAGAUAAUAGCCGGACGGAAAGAAAAAUGGGACAAGCUUGGUGCAAGGAGAAGACCUCCAAGGCACAGGACUCCAAGUCUCCUCUGGAUCGAGUCUUCGUGCGUUGCGCUCAUCGGAUCUACCCCAGCUUGAAGGAGGAGGGGUCGGUGUUGGGCGGCGGGACGCAGAGAGUGACGAGCUCCGAAAUAGGGUACGCCGGUUCGCCGCCAAGGGAAGUGCUGACCAGAGGGAGAAGCAUAGAUUCCGUGGACAGGCCGUUUCAUCCGAGCGACUGGGUCGACGUGAACCUCGAAGUUCCGAGCACGCCGAGGGCGGCCUCGGUGCUCACCAAUUUAACCGUCGACACGAACCUCUAUCCGGCCACCACCCCAACGUCCAGCUGUUCGAAUCUAAAGGACGUGACACCGAUUCCACCGCCGAGGCGUCGAAAGCGGAACAAGGGCAGGCCUUUGCCGCCUAAGCCGGACGAGGUGGGCACGGAGAACUCGUCCAACGGGCUGGAGACCGGCAACGAACCGUUAUACUCGUCGGUGAGGUCGCCGAAAAGCAGCGGGGACGAGCAGGAGGCGGAAGAGAAGACGAGGUCGUACGAGGAAGGAGGGGGUUGCGAGGGUAAAAGGGCAAAGGAGAUUUACGAGCACAAGGUUAACGGAACCGGAAGAGUAAUAUCGAGCGACGUGGUUUCCGGGAGAAGGUGUUACGAGAGCGGCGUUGCGCGCAGGAUCGGCCGCGAGAGCGACGAGUACGAAAGAUUCGCGAACAGCCGCACGAGCAGGGAUUCCUCCACCCCGAAACGCGAGGAGAAGAGGAAAUGGAGGCAAGGGAAGAAGCGCGUAGGGGAGGAUCGGGCGAGGAAGGAGGAGAAAUGGAGCGGCAACGCGAGGUACAAGCACUCGAGCACCGUCAGCCUGCCGAAUUACGACGAGUUGGAUACGAUCAGGCAUCGAUCGAGGGAAACGGACCGCCAACAGGACGAAUCCGCCUUCGAGUCCCGUCGUCCGAGGAGACCCGUCAGGAGCAGCACCGUAUCGCUUCCGGCCGAAUCCUUCCUCUCCCCGUUUUCCGAGAAAACGAGCGUGCGACUGGAGGAUUACGUCCCAACGUCCGACAACCUAUCGCCGUAUCAGGUUAUAGAAAAGUUGAGCAGAGCGAACGGAAUGGUGAAAGAGUACGACGAGUACGUAAAGUACGACUCGAGCAGAGGGGAAGAACACUGGGAAUUAAGCGACAUCGGAUACUCGGAAAUUCAGGAUAAAAGUUGGGACGAGGAGAAGGAGGACGCGGUCGAUCUCUCGAUCGGUCGGGAGGACGAGAGGGGAUCGACGAACGGGGACGUUUCCGAACCUGCCGUCUACUUGGAGAAGCCCGAAGCGUUCGGAAAAACGGCGUCCCCGCUAGCCGACCAACCGGAACUCGCCCAAGUCGAUCCAAAUAGAUCUCACGCGAGAUUCUACGAUCCACCCACCACGGCUGCAAACUGUUGCAAUAUCAUCGAGUCGUCGCGGUUCAAAGAGCCCUUCUUCUUGGACGAGGCGAAACAUCGUUCCGUUUUAGAUACGAUCGGCGGGUCGAGCGAGCAAGGGAAAGCGGAGUCCGAUCGAUUCGGCCAAUCGUCGUACCCCGUGGAGGCGGCCGAGUUGGCGACCACCGCUCUCAUCAGAACCAUCUCCGAGGAGUCGUUGCCGCGCGAGAUGCUGGAGGAGCCGGACGACUUCUUCGACGAGAAACUCGCCAAGGACGCGCGCAACAACAUGAAGAAGCGACUGGACGACUGGGAAACGGGCGGCACGCCGCCGCCCAGCCCCGAGCCCAGGAUCAAGUCCCUCCUCGACCCGGAUCACUCCACCCUGUUCAAGAUCCUCAACAAGGAGGAGGGAGCGGAGGAGAGCAACGUGAGCUCCAUGACGCCCAGCCUCACCGAGUUGGAGGCCGCCUUGUCCGACAUGUUGGAGAAGGAGGAGCCGCAGGAGGCCAGGCCCAGCAACGAGCAGGUGCCGAAAAUAUUGGAGCCCGUGAUCGAGGAGUUGAACGAUCGAAGCGGGGCGAGAGACAGGCAACUUGGCACGGAAGGCGAGAGAAAGGUGGCGGGACGAAAGGUCUCCUUCUGCUCGUGGGAAGAGUCGAUCGCGGCGACGGAGCCUCGUCGAUCGGAAGCUGGACCACCCAAUCUCGACAACGCGUUCGAGGAAACGGGAAAGGAGGCGUUCGAUGUUCCGCCAAAGAAACCCAACAGAUCCAACAAAAGCUCGGAGGAGGAUUUUUCGGGGGACAUUCUCGUCCCGACACCCCCUCGAAGGAAGAACAAGGGCGGUCUCCUUCUCGGCGUGGCGAGGAAGGAAUCCGAAACGGCGCAAAACGGCACGUCCGACCUCCACAACGACAGGCUUAUUUAAUCGUCGGAUCUGGCGUUCGUUAGUUAAAGUUAAGCAACGAGACGAUCGCACGAACGAGAAAUUAUUAAGAUUCCGUUGUGACCAUUACACGAUUGUAUAUAUCUUUCUGUACGUAUAUGUAUAUGUUAUGUAUCUACCCGUGUAUGUACAAUACAUGAUCGUUUCAAUCUGUGUUU